AUGGAAGGGUAUGUAACUGUUAUAAAAAGAUCAAAACCUGAGAAGUGUGUGUUCAUAGGCUGUGAUAGAGGUGGUAAGUAUCGAGACACUAGGAUGGUUCCAUUAGAGAAGAGAAAAAGGAAGACAUCAUCUCGCCUAAUAGAUUGCCCUUUUGAAAUUGUGGGGAGAAACAAACCUAAAGGUUUUUGGAAGGUGGAUAUAAAAAACUUAGCACAUAACCAUGAGCCUUCAAGAGAUAUGUCUGGGCAUCCUUAUUGUCGUCAGUUUUCAAAAGAGGAAAUCAUGAAAAUUAAAGAGAUGAGUAAGGCUGGGGUAACCCCUCGCCAAAUAUUGUCUUCACUUCGACAAAGUAAUUCAGAUAUACAUACUACUUUCAGAAGCAUCUACAAUGAAAAGCAGAGAAUUAUGAAGGAGAAUUUAGCAGGUCAUACUGUUAUCCAAGCCUUAUUGGAAGAACUUGGUCAAGCUGGUUUCAUCUAUAACAUUGAGUAUGAUCAAAAUGGUCGGUUGACUCAUUUGAUGUUUGCCCAUCCACUUUCAAUUGCUUUGACUAAGAGCUACAUGAAUGUCUUUGUGAUGGAUUGUACAUAUAAGACUAACAAGUACAAGAUGCCAUUACUAGACAUUGUAGGAGUCACCAGCUUCAAUACAUCUUUCUAUUCUUGUUUUGUCUUCAUGCAAAAAGAGGAAGAAGAGGACUACGUAUGGGCUCUAACAAUGUUUAGCAAAAUGUUGGGAGUUGAGGCUUAUCCUUUGGUGAUUAUAAUAGACAGAGAAUUGGCAUUGAUGAAUGCUAUAAAUAUUGUCUUCCCAAAAACUGCUAACAUUUUGUGUGUGGCAUAUUGA